AUGGACCGCGUCAAGAAGAACCUAUCCAUUCUCGAGCGCAAGCUCACCAAAGCCAACAAGCUCGCCGCUAAAGGUGAUGACAUGAAGCUGGCGGACGCCAUCAAGCUUGGCCGUAAAAGCAAUGCCAUGGUGGCCACCAUCCAGAAGGGCAUCAAGGAAUAUGAUGGCUCCGACCCCACGGCACAGGAGAGCAUGGAAGUUCUCGAGGAGAUGAAGGUCAUCGUUUCGUUGUCGGAGCAGCAGGUCGAGUUACUGAUGAAGGAUAAGCCGGUUUUUGACAAGCUGCAUGUCGGAGGACUGGUUAAGAGAAAUCUUGGGAAGACAUCGGUGGUGAGCGAGGAGCUUGAGAACAUCAUGCUCUCCAAGGCUCCGGAUGAUCUGAAGGCAGAGGCUGAGGCUCUGGCCAAAAGACGAAAGGUAGCUUUUGAGAAGGCGAUGGCGAUUUACUCCAACGCCUCGGGAGGAGAGGACGCUGCGGAGGGGGAGGAUGAUUCGGACUGA